UGACAGUCCAGUCUUGUUUGUCGCUCGGCGCUGCUCACUCGACCGACGACCCAACAACGUUUGCGACAGUCGUGCGCGCGACACCCUUCACAGCUCGGCCCGACAGCUUGCUCCCGCCGCUACAACAGCAUCGCCAUAACCCGGCAGCUGCUGUCUCGUGCCAGUCGACGACGGGCCGGCAUCGUCGAACCCAGCAUCGGACGCCUGUGCCCGCGGGCCGCCCCGCCAUGGAUCCCAAGCAGCGCUUCUACCGGCACUUUCAGGACAGCGUCGCGGGUGAGUUUGGACGACGACGACGAGCCAUGCGUUUGCACGACAGACGGCUGACAUGCGCGUGCCCUCUCUCCUUGUUCAGUCCUACAGGACCAGAUCGAUCAGCUCGAGUCUGUGGGCGCGAUCCCGGGCGAGCGCCAGGAGGCCAUCGACCAUGUCCUCGCCGGCAUCGCCAAGCUGCAGAACGAGGUGGCCGACGCUGCGGAUGAGACGCCGUCGUACGACAGGAGGCAGUAUGCCGAGACAGUCAAGAGCCUGCAGGACAGCCUCCGCGAGACCAUCGCCAAGGUCACGCCCAAGGCUCGCUUCCAGUUCAAGCGCUCGGCCGCGGGCGCCAGGCACGUCGACAUGGGCGCGCCCGAAAACGAUCCCCGCCUGAAUCCGGGCAGCUUCUCGCGCAACCCGCACGCGGCCCAUCCCGAGCCCUUCAACGCGGGGGUGGCUGACGACAACGACGACAAGGUCAGCGACCUGCCGGCCAGCAGCACCAGCACCAGCACCAGCACCAGCACCAGCCUCAAGGACUACAACCGCGAGCUGUCGUCGCAGCCGGGCCCGGCGUCGGGCAUCCGCAAGCCCAGCUUCUCCAUGGCCAAGAACAUUGGCAUCGCGAACCAGGCGGGCCUGCACAUCAUCCUGCCCGAGUCGGCGGCGCGCGCGACGUCGUCGGGCAGCCUGACGGACCUCAGGGACUGCAUCGUCGACAUGUCGGUCCCGACGAGCCAGGGCCGGCCGUUCCCGGGGCUCGCGCUCCGCGACAUCAGCAACAGCCUCGUCGUCGCCGGCCGGGUCAGCGGGCCGGUGCACAUCACGGGCGUCACCGACAGCAUCCUGGUGGUGGCGGCGCGCCAGGUGCGCAUCCACGAGUGCAGGCACGUCGACGUGUACCUGCAUUGCGGCAGCCACCCCAUCAUCGAGGACUGCACGGGCAUGCGCUUUGCGCCGCUGCCGAGCUGCUACGUGCGUGCGCGCCUUGUUGUUCCCGAGCCGUGAGAGUGCAGAGACUGACGCGCGGGCAGAUGACCGAGGCCGACGCGGCCGUCGAGAACCAGUGGGACCAGGUCGACGACUUCAAGUGGCUCAAGGCCGGCCACAGCCCCAACUGGACGACGCUGUCGCAGCACCAGGUGCUGCCCGACGACGUCUGGACGCGCGUGGUGCCGGGACAGCCAGGGGCGAGCGUCGCGGAGACGCUGCGCAAGGUUGGCAUCCCGCGGAGGUAGCAAGGGAGACUCGUGUAUCAGUGUCCGUACGAAGCUGUGUUACACGUUACAAGCGUGCCGUUACAAGCGUGCC